UGUUAUUACGAACUAAUUUCUGUUUUCAGUUUUUGAAACGUUAUACAUUUCCCACAUUUUCCACAAGAUGAGUUGUGAAAAUAAGAAAUAUGCAGUAGUUAAAUUUUUAUCAGAUUCUACAUAUUCUGAAAUUCCAACAGCAUGGCUUUUUAAAGAUAAGGAGGAUAUUCAGCAAUGUUGGUGGCCACCUCGAACGGCAAACAGUGCAACAUUAAUAAUAAACUGUGAAAGUCCCGAUUCUACAUGGAAUAGUUAUGAAGUGGAUAUCGUAAAAUAUUGUACAUCUCUUGAAUCAGCUCGAAAGAAUGCAGCAGAUUCUAAUUAUAGCACAACCGACGAAGAACGACUGGGCCGAGGAAAGUGGCAACGUAUUUUGUAUAGUCGUUUCAGCGAUGAAGAAGAAUAUGAUCAUCAAUCUCAACCUCGAAAAUAUACGAAAAAAAAACAAAUUAAAACUGCUGUUCAGGCAACCACCAACACUAUUCAGCAACUACCAUUAUGUCCUCCAAACUUGGAUUUUAUUAACAAAGAACAACAAAACAAGAUCUUAAAAAUUAAUAAUGACAACAGACACAACAAAAUUAUUACUUCACAAAAUGAAGAAGAAAAUGAAUUAUUGAUAACAGAUAUGGGAGACAAGGAGAAUGAAUAUUCCAAUCUGUACAAUGUACCCAUAAUAUUACAAGGUAUAUAAAUUACAAUAUUAAAAUCACCAUUAUUUGUAAA